GGCGGCCUUCGCCGAGCAGAGCGAUGAAGUUCCCGGGCUCCGUCCUGGUCUCGCUCUUCCUCUUCGUGGCCGAGACGGUGGCCGCCCUCUACCUGAGCAGCACCUACCGCUCGGCGGGGGACCGCAUCUGGCAGUCGCUGACGCUCCUCUUCGCCCUGCUGCCCUGCGUCCUCGUCCAGUUCAGCCUCGUCUUCAUCCACCGCGACCUCAGCAGGGACAGGCCGCUCGUGCUGCUCCUCCACAUCCUGCAGCUCGGACCCAUUGUCAGGUGUGUGGAAGUUUUUUAUAUUUAUUUCCAUGCAGGGAGAGUGGAAGAACCUUAUGUCAGCAUUACCAAGAAGAGGCAGAUGCCCAGAGAUGGCCAUUCGGAGGAAGUUGAGAAAGAAGUGGGCCAGGCAGAGGGCAAGCUCUUCACUCACAGGUCUGCAUUUAGCAGGGCAUCAGUGAUUCAAGCUUUCCUAGGCUCUGCACCUCAACUGACGCUUCAGCUGUAUAUAUGUGUCCUACAGCAGGAGAUCACUGCAUCUAGAAGUAUCUUCAUGGUGCUUUCUCUCCUAUCGAUAGUGUACGGAGCAUUGCGCUGCAACAUCCUGGCCAUUAAGAUUAAGUAUGAUGAUUAUAACAUCAGUGUGAAACCUGCUGCCUACCUCUGCAUCUUCCUCUGGCGAAGCUUUGAGAUUGCUACCAGAGUUAUUGUGCUUGUCCUCUUCAGUUCAGUCCUUCAAAUCUGGAUCCUUCCCGUGGUGCUUGUCAAUUUCUUUGCCUUUUUCUUCUACCCAUGGAUUCUCUUCUGGCAAAGUAAGUCUGCUUUGCCAGAAAACAUAGAGAAGGCUUUGAGUAAAGUGGGCACCACCAUUGUCCUAAGCCUUCUCACUUUCUUGUAUGCUGGCAUCAACAUGUUCUGCUGGUCUGCUGUGCAGCUGAAGCUAAAUGAUUCUGACCUAAUUGACAAAUCCCAGAACUGGUACAGGCUGGCUUCAUAUUACAUCAUAAGGUUCUUUGAGAAUGCUUUUCUCUUGCUGAUGUGGUAUAUGUAUAAGACUGAUGUUUACAUGUAUGUGUGUGCCCCAUUGCUGGUCUUGCAGCUGUUGAUUGGCUAUUGCAUAGCUGUCCUUUUCAUGCUUGUGUUCUACCAGUUUUGCCACCCAUGCAAGAAACUUUUCUCAUCUAAUAUUUCAGAAGGAUUGCUCGUGUGUUUCAAAUUCUUUUGUUUUGUCUGCAAGCCUGUGACAUCCAGCAGCACGGUAGAAAAGGCAGACUUGAAAUCCCCAGACGAUACUGAUAAUGAUGCACAGGCCAGUUACAAAGCCAGUGAAUCCCAGAAUGGAAAUGCACAUCACAGUGUUUCUUCCAAUGCCUAGAAUAGGUGUCUGAUAUUGAGAAGGUCCCACAUAUUAAAGCUG